AAAAAACUUUCAUUCAACACUCAACAUUAGAUUCGAUACUCAUUUGCUACCCGCCCUUCUGUAUUUCUGUAGUUUGUUGAAUAUUGAACAAUCAUAAGAAAUGAAUAGUUUAAAUAUGACGGUUAACGAGAUUCUGCCGAACAAGAUUACAAAACUCGACUACACAUUGCGACCACCGGGCUACCAAAAUUACGGUCAAAACUUCAGGCUCAUGCAGAAUAAUCUAUCCAAACUCAUUGACUGGAUGGGGGAGCAGUCUGCGUCGGCGCAGGGUCUCAGCAACGUACUAACGUCGGCAGAGAAGCUCCGCAACUCUCCAACCCAAGUGCUGUACAUGCUGAAGGAUGAAAAUGCCAAGAGUGGCAAGGGCGAAGUUGUUGGCAUCCUAAAGGUGAGUCGCAAGCACCUGAUCCUGUACGAGGAGCAGGACAAGGUGCUGGAAGUGGAGCCGCUCUGUGUGCUGGACUUUUUUGUUCUGCCAAGUCACCAGCGCCACGGCUGUGGUCGUCUACUUUUCGAUAAUAUGUUGAAGGAGUACGACUGCUCUCCGUUCGAGCUCGCCAUCGACGGGCCUUCAAAGAAUAUGACGGAUUUCCUGCGUAAGAAUUACGGGAUGGAAAACCUUCUGUUCCAAUACAACAACUUCGCCGUCGCGCCGGAUUUCUUCUCGCAUAUCAAGAAAGCUAGGCCUAACUCCAGUGAGAGCACUCCGGCGUCGACCCCCGCUGUCGGCAGGUACACGGCCCACAGGCCCCCGUCUGUCAUUGCCAGUGUGAUCCACGGCGGAUACAACGAUAACGUCUACAACGGCUCCGAGAACGGCAUCCCGGUGGAGCAGGCCGAGUUCGCCAUCGAAGAGUCGUCGCCCGUAGAACUGGCGGCCAAGCCCCAGCUGGAGCGUCCGCGCACUUUGCCAGUGCCAAUUCCUCCCAAGCCUGCGCCUGCAGCCAGCGCGAACCGCGACUUGAGCCGGCCUGUGUCCCCGGACGGCUCGUCCGGUCGCCGCGACCCGCAGCUCACCGACCGCGGCUUUUUCGACGUCAAAUUCUACCACAACAAGCUCUGGUAAACUGCAGACGCUUGAACUUCACGCGGUAGCAAUAUAUUCGCUCCGCAUACAUUUAAUUAUUAACCGUAUCAUGUAUUCAAGGUUUCUAAACGAAACCACACUUUCCGUUUAAUUUAUAAUGAAUGGAAUUUACAACGGAAAGUCUAGUAUUUAAUCAUAAUCUUACUUAUAAAAACUUAGUUAUAUAAGGAUCGUGGCUCGAUUAUAACCGUGAUCGAUAGCGUCUUGUCUGUGUCGUAGUCGCGCUGAGACUUGCACACCUAUUUUAAUGUUA